GAUGCUGGCGGUGGUGGUGGUGGUUGGUGCGGAUGAUGCGACGACGACCGGGCGUCGACCGGUAGUCGAAUUCACUGCCUUGCUUAAGCAACUUAUGUUCCAUUGCUCAACUUAUUUCGUCCUUAUGAUCUAACUUUAAACAAAUAUAUUUUAUUGACUCACUCCCAAUUUUCAGAUUUUGAAAGUUUAUUAUUCAUUUAUUUACUUAACUUUUUUUUUUGGGAUUUUAUUUUUAGUGAUGACUAAAUAAUUUACAAUCGGAAUUUUAGUGAUCACGUGGAUUGUAAGCUUAUUUUAAGUAUUAUUUAUUAUUUAUGAUAUGUGCCGGUAAUUAGUUUUGUUCAAAACAAAUAUAAAUUUUAUGGCUAGUUCAAGUUAUGUUAACAUGAAGAAAAACUUCAAAGGGAUGUUUUCAAGCAUAUUUUCCAGGCUCCCAAGUUAAAAGAAAAGGAUUUAACAUUUUUAACCACCUGAUGUCAAUUACCGCGAACUUAAUUGACGCUGAAUCGACCUGACAAUACAUAUCCUGAGGCAAAAAGCUUAAAAAAGGCCAUCCGGCAACCGGAAUAAGAGUUAAUUUUUUAUUAUUACUUCUGAAAUUUAAUCAUGUUUAAGACAUAAAAUCUAUUGAGGAAGAUUAAAGCUCUUGUCUAAUAUUCGCUAUUUUCUCGCCUCAAUCGUCUGCUCGUAAAUUCAAAACGAUUAUCGCUGACGUGAAAGUACAGAGAGUAGAAAAAAAAAGAGAUGGAGAGUGCUGCGAAUGAAAUAAAGAAUAUAUUUUGUUUAUGUCUCAUAUAUACGUACAUUGAGGCAUAAAAGAUAAAGGAGGAUGAAAAAGGUAAACGAAGACGAGUCGACAUUUGAAGAUUGUCUCGAGGUAGUUGAGAAAAGUCUGAGAUCUGAGGACAUAUUAUAAAAGCUUUUCUACACCUGUAUCACCUGUCAAGGAACUGAGCCUGCCACAAACGUCUCGUAUUUCGAGAUAGUACCACACGGUUGAACGUGACUUGCAUCCAAGGAUGCUACGCAGAAAAGACGGGAGUUGGUCGUGAUGUCUUGCUACAAUUGCUGUGGUUGUUGCUACGAGGAAGAAGACGAUCACAGAAUUGAGCAAUCAGGAAUUUCAAGUGGUUACAGUCGUGCAAGUAGUAUUUACAAUCACAGUGAUAACAGUUCAAACAGUGAUAACAGUCUUAGAAUUGCAUCAGGUAUCUCAGCCUUCUUAUCUCUUAUCAUCGUAUCCGUGGCCAUUGGUACGGGCGAGUGGCUUUUCACAGAGGAAAAGCUACCGAAAGCUUUCUCAUCGAACGCUUCUGUCGAACCGGACUCUAAGGUGACUUACAGUGGCCUCUGGAGAGUCUGCGUAGCUACAACGUCACAUAUACAUUACGAGUGUUCAAGUAUUGACUACUUUCCAAACGAAGAGUAUAGUCCAGAUCCCAGCGAUUCAACUAUGGCCAUACCAUACGCUGUCACAAAGUCCGCAAUGUUCUUCUUCAUAGCAACAUUGCUACUGGUAGUUGCCGAAGUUUGCUACUUUGCUGCCCACGUAUCCCGUCCGAGGCACCAGCUGUGUGUUUUCGUAGCUGGGGUGAUCUUCACCAUUUGCGGCUUGCUGAUGCUCGUCGGAAUGAUCAUGUACAUAUCUGUGUUUAAAGCGGAGGUUGGAAGUAAAUUAAGACCCAGAUCAUCUUUUCAGGGUCCACCAUUCACAUACAGAUAUGGGUUCUCUUUUUUGUUAUACGUCAGUGGAUUUAUCACAACCGAAGUUGCCGGUACUUCCGCAAUAUUUCUCUACAUAUCUUGGCAUCAGCGAGACUUUGGGAAACGAGAAUUAAGCCGAAAAAAUUGCGAGGACGUUUAUCACUUGAGUAAUCACGUUCAUCAGCAAAACUUUCAUCCCAGUCACUCUCAUCAGACUCACAGCAGUUUCUUGUGUGAGAGACAUCAAAAACGAUACUACUUUAGCAAAGAUUCUGUGGAUCAAGCGGAUUUCGAUGAAUUUCUUCCACCUCUUCCCAGUCUUGAUUACCACGAGUACCCGAGACAAUUUCCGCGCGACCUUACUACUCAGACGAUUAGUACGACAGCUGAUGUGCUUAACGAUGAAUGUGGAUCAAACAUGCAGCAUGAAUUCGUUACUUUUGACUUUGAAACACCUUUUCCACCGCUUCCACCAAUCAAAGGUAGUAGUGAAUGGCCACUCGAAGCAUUUAGACGUACUACUCCAGUCUGAUACAACGUCAGAUACGCAAAGCUUGUAGAAAAUCCUGCGAGUUCCUCAGAGAACGAAAGUUCAGAGAAUGAAGGAGAAAAAAAAGUUAAAAAAACAAAGAAAGUCAAAGUUGAAGUACUGCUCAGCCACAAAGAAGAUGAGACCCAAUUAAUUGUUUCUCCCUGAAGCUCAUUGUGACUUAAAUUUGUUUCUAUUAUUGCCACCAAUAUAUAAAUCAAAGACAUUUAUACCAAUAAAUUGAUAAAUUGAUGAUGUAA